CCGCACUAAGCUGUCGGCAGUCCUUAGCAUAGGGGCACACUCAGGCAUUCCUGUCAAGUCAUCUUGUGAAAGGCUGCCUGCUUCCAGCUUGGCUGGAGAGCGGAACCUUAAUAAAACUCACUGAGGUCGGAGGGAAUAUAGCAGUUCGGCUGCAGAUAGGGUAGAGGCAAGGGGCUAGAAUGUGUACAUGCUGCUGACUACAACAGGCUGCGUGCUGAACUGUUACACAGAAAGGAAACAAUAAAUCUCUGCUACUAUGCAAUAAAUAUCUCAACUUUUAACGAAGGGAGCUAUCAUUCCAGUGAAAUAAAUUUUAAAAAGUUUUUUAGCUAAAGCUACCAAAUGAAUCGUUUUCUAGGAUUCUUCUUUCAGAGCUGACUUAAAAAACCACCAAAAAGCAUUUUUUUUACAUGCAAUAAAAAAAAAAAUACUGGUUAAAGAACGAAGGAAGAAGUAACUGGGGGGGUAGGAUUAAAAAAAAAAAAGUUGUGCAGAGGCAGACAAGGAAGGUGCUGAUACCAUGACAGUUUUCCUCUCCUUUGCUUUCCUGGCUGCUAUUCUAACUCACAUAGGGUGCAGUAAUCAACGGAGGAGCCCGGACAGCAGCGGGCGAAGAUACAAUCGGAUUCAGCACGGACAGUGCGCCUACACCUUUAUUCUGCCGGAACAGGACACUAACUGCCGGGAGAGCACCACGGACCAGUACAACACCAACGCGCUGCAGAGAGAUGCCCCUCUCAUGGAACCGGAUUUCUCUUCCCAGAAACUGCAACAUCUGGAACAUGUGAUGGAAAACUAUACUCAGUGGCUGCAAAAACUUGAAAAUUACAUUGUGGAAAAUAUGAAGUCGGAGAUGGCUCAACUACAACAGAAUGCCGUUCAGAACCAUACAGCCACCAUGCUUGAGAUAGGAACCAGCCUUCUUAGUCAGACAGCAGAGCAGACAAGAAAACUUACAGAUGUUGAGACCCAGGUCCUAAAUCAAACAUCUCGACUUGAAAUUCAACUAUUGGAGAAUUCAUUAUCAACUUACAAGCUAGAGAAACAACUGCUUCAACAGACACAUGAAAUCCUAAAAAUCCACGAGAAAAACAGUCUACUAGAGCAUAAAAUCCUAGAAAUGGAAGAAAGACACAAGGAAGAGUUGGACACUUUAAAGGAAGAGAAGGAGAACCUACAAAACUUGGUGACUCGUCAGACAUACAUAAUCCAGGAACUGGAAAAACAGUUAAACAGGGCAACCAGUAACAACAGUGUCCUUCAGAAGCAACAGCUGGAGUUGAUGGACACAGUUCACAACCUCGUCAAUCUUUGUACGAAAGAAGGCGUUUUACUUAAGAGUGCAAAAAGAGAGGAGGACAAACCAUUUAGAGACUGUGCAGAUGUGUAUCAAGCUGGUUUUAAUAAAAGUGGAAUCUACACUAUUUAUAUUAAUAACGUGCCAGAGCCCAAAAAGGUAUUUUGCAAUAUGGAGCUUACAGGAGGAGGUUGGACAGUAAUACAACAUCGUGAAGAUGGGAGUCUUGAUUAAAGAGGAUGGAAGGAAUAUAAAAUGGGUUUUGGUAAUCCAUCUGGUGAAUACUGGCUGGGAAAUGAGUUUAUUUUUGCAAUUACCAGUCAGAGGCAAUAUUCUCUAAGAAUUGAGUUAAUGGACUGGGAAGGAAACCGGGCAUAUUCACUGUAUGACAGAUUUCACAUAGGAAAUGAAAAGCAAAAUUAUAGGUUGUAUUUAAAGGGCCACAGUGGGACAGCAGGAAAACAGAGUAGUCUGAUCUUGCAUGGUGCUGAUUUUAGCACGAAAGAUGCUGAUAAUGACAACUGUAUGUGCAAAUGUGCUGUCAUGCUGACAGGAGGUUGGUGGUUUGAUGCCUGUGGCCCAUCCAAUCUCAAUGGGAUGUUCUAUAUGGCUGGGCAGAACCAUGGAAAGCUGAAUGGGAUCAAGUGGCAUUACUUCAAAGGCCCCAGCUAUUCCUUACGGUCCACAACAAUGAUGAUCCGACCCUCUGACUUCUGAAAGUACCCCAUCAGAAGCCAUUAGAUGUCAACCAACAGAUACAUAGAGCUGAGCUACUACCAGAAGACAAACUUCUUGUGCCAACAACCAGAAGCAAACAGUCUCAACUUCCCUCUGCCUGUGUAGUAGUGAUGCAGAAGCCCAGUUGUUUCUCUCCUUCAGCUUCAAGGCCUGAUCAAACUCACCAAAGUCUCCCCUUGGGCUGCUGAGCCUAGAUUUUUGGGCUAAAUGGAAUAUGCUUCACCAUUCCACUUGAGGAAAGAAAGAAAAGAGUUCACUUGCUGGGUUUCAUCUGCUACACCUGGAGCUCACCUUGGAACAAUGAGGACCAGAUGGCCAAUGCAUUUACUUUCACUGGAAAAAGGCCAAUUAAAAAGGAGAGUAUUGACUUCAGAACUGAAGGACAAAAAUCAACUCACCGUUAUCCAUUAGGGGGAAAAUAAAUGUAUUUCAUCCGUGAAAUGGCAUUGCAUCUAUGCAAAGUAUGACAAAGAAGGCUUUGGUUCUUGCACAGCUUAAAUGAAUGUCCAGGAGGAACAUUCAGAUCUUUGUUUCCUGAAUGGAUUCAAUGUAGAUGGAUGGGUUUCUGCAGCCAGAAUCACAUAUCAUACUUAAUAGUUAUUCUUAGUUAAAACAUCUUCAAAUGUUAAAUUUGCUUCACCUGGGGAAACACAAUAAAUCAUAGUAAAUAAACAAUGUUAACAGUAGUAGGUGGAAAAUCCUCAGUUGCUUUCUGCUUUUAGGGCAAAGCCCACAGAUCAUUGGCAUGAUCCUCCAACUAGGAUUGAUGACGUGAGAAGCAAACUUGUUUUCCUGGGGUUUUUUUUCCUCUCUCUAGUGCUGAAGCUUUUGUCCAUAUUAAAAGCAGACUGAAUGUUUUAUUGGAAAAGCCUGAGGAAAGUUGAAAGAAUGUGAACUUUACCAUGGAGAACUGUCAUUUUGCAAAUCUAAUGAUGACAUGUACUCUCUUUCAUUUGGCAGUAUAUGGAAAAGCAGCAUUCGUGUGUGUAUUAAACAUAGUUUAACUGGAGCAUCUCAUUUUAUGGUACUUUUUUGCAUGUGCACACUUAAAAGUGUUACUUCAUUAUGUUAAAACAUUUUCCUCAUCUCCAGUGCUUUACUGCAGAUGAAAGUUUUGCAUUAACUGAAACAGGUUUACAAAGUCCACCUUUCUAUAAAAAGACCACUUUUUAGUCUCAGACAAAUAAAAGAAUAAAUAUUGUAAUGAACUGUAUAUAUAGUAUGUUUAUAUUCAUGGUAAAAAGUGCUGAACACUUAACUUGGACAUGCCACUUUAAGGUUAAUUAAUUAAAAUAAACACUAUCUGCAAAAGCUGUCCUUAAGAAGAUGCAGUGAAUCCACAUUUGGUUUUUAAGUAAUGUCUCUGCCAUGCAAAGCCAUCUCUGACAUAUUGAAAAGCAUUGUUUUGUGAAAAGAAUCUUCAUAUGUCAUAUACUCACAAACACACAUCUAUAUAAAGGAGUGAAAGGGGGAUAGAAAGAUAUAUAUCCACACACAUUGACAUAGGGAUAGGAUGGUGAUAGAUAAACACAUAUCAACAUAUAUGGGUGUGAAUGGGAAUAGAAUAUGUUCUUGAAGGAAGUGGUACAUUUGUCAGAAAAAGUCACCCAGCUAAUCAACCCAAAGACUAUAAUUACUACUGCAAAUAAAACUUUUUGGUUAAAAUAUUCCUGUGAGAUCUCCCAUGUUGAAGUUACUUUCAUCCAAAUUCGUACUUGUAUGAAUCAAGAAAAAUGAAUGUGUGGUAGGGAGCUUUUCCUUUCAAAAUUGAUACGUUGUUUUUCUCAAAGGACCCCAAAUGAUCUAGUUUUGACUUUGAGGCGAUGGAAUUAUGCUCAGUGACUCAUUUUGCCUUAGCAGAUUUUUUCCACUCAGAAGAAACAAAGCUGCAUCAUUCUGAAAGGAAACUUUUUUUUCAUUUCAUAAGUGAUACCCCUGGUUUUGUAUAGCAACUGAGUCAGUAUUUCUCAAAGAAAGACAGAUUUUAUAUUAAUGUAUUACAUUACAUUACAUAUAAUUACAUUAUAAUGUAAUGUAUUAUAUUAAUGUAAGAAGGGGCAGCUUCAAAAUCAUUCUGUCCAAUGGCUUUGAUUAGUUGGGUUUUGCAGAUUACAUUACUUAGCUUUUCUAUGUUUGGUGGUUCUGUUAUGCUAUAUUUCCAUUUCACUUUCUAGAAAUUCCUGAUUGUCUUCAUUUUUGUGAAAUAGGAUGGGAGUGGAGAAAAGCCUAAUGGGUUUUCUUCCUCUGUUUCCCUAAAGUGUGUGUGUGUGUGUGUAUGUGUGUGUGUGUGUGUGUGUCCAAGCAUUGAAUAAGAAACAGCAUUCUCCAACUCACUGAAAAAAAACAAAACAAAACAAAAGCCUGAUAUUUACUGUUUAUUUAUCUGGGUUUGAAAAUGGAAAAUGGUUUUCAAUUCUUCAUAAUAAAAACAUUUUUAAAUGGU